AUGCAUAAGUUUGUGUGUCUUCUUCUCAUAUGUGCUGUCAUAGGUGCACAAUGCCAAGGUAAAAAACCCGGCAAAGAUAGUCAUGAAGAACAGCCAGAUUCUAGUGAGGAACAUGAGGGACGACCAGAUGCCGGUAAAGAACAUGGAGAACGACCAAAUGGUGACAAAGAACAUGGAGGACGACCCGAUGCUAGCGAAGGACAUGAAGAAUUUGAAAAACGUCCUUCACCACAACAUGGUAAAGGUGGUAAAGAUGAUCUCUUUCAAAGACAAAAUGGUAAUAACAAUGGUGAUGAUGUGAACAUUAACGUGAAUGUACGUAUUGGUAGUGCUGCUCAAGGACGCCCUCAAUGGUUCGGUGAUCGACCACAACAAGGUCAACCUGAGCGUGAUGAUCAUAGUGGUGAACAAAGCGAAAGCCACGGUGGCAAGAAACCUCGACCAAGUCAUGAAGACCAUAGCGGUGAACAUAAUGAAAACAAUGGUGGUAAAAAGCCUCGACCUGAUCGUGAAGAACAUAGUGGUGAAAAACCUGAGCACAAUGGUGGAAAACCUGAGCACAGUGGUGAAAAACCCGAACAGACUGGUGGAAAACCUGAGCAUAAUGGUGAAAAACCUGAACACACUGGUGAAAAACCCGAGCACACUGGAGAAAAACCUGAACAGACCGGUGGAAAACCUGAGCAUAGUGGUGAAAAACCCGAACAGAAUGGUGAAAAACCAGAGCACAGUGGUGAAAAACCCGAACAGAAUGGUGGAAAACCUGAACACGGCGGUGAAAAACCUGACCACAGUGGUGAAAAACCCGAGCACAAUGGUGGAAAACCUGAUCACAGUGGUGAACGACCUGAACAUGGCGGUAAACGACCGGACCAUGGUGGUAAACGACCUGGCCAUAAUCAGCAUGGUGGUCGUCAACCCGGUGGUGAACAUGAACGAGAAGACGAAAAAGAUGAACCAUGUGCUAAUCAAGAUAACGAACAGAACUUAAACAAUAAUAACGAAAUCGAUGUGAAUGUAAAUGUUCGAAUUAAUCGUGGAGGUAAUCGUUAUCAACAAAACGGUCGUGGUGAUCGUCGUCCUCAAAUCGGAAGUGAAGAUAGUCGACCAAAACCUUCAAAACCUGAAGGAGGUAAGAAACCUUCAAAACCCGAAGGACAUGAAAAACCACCAAAACCUGAGGGAGGCGAAAAACCAACAAAACCCGAAGGGGGUGAAAAACCACCAAAACCUGAAGGAGGUGAAAAACCAACAAAACCUGAAGGAGGUGAAAAACCAACAAAACCAGAAAAGGGUGAAAGUGGUGAGAAACCUUCAAAACCCGAAAAACCAGGAAAAGGUGAAAGUGGUGAGAAACCUUCAAAACCUGAAAAACCAGGAAAAGGUGAAAGUGGUGAAAAACCUUCAAAACCAGGAAAAGGUGGAAGUAGUGAAAGUGGUGAAAAACCUUCAAAACCAGAAAAAGGUGAAAAACCUGCAAAACCAGACAAAGGUGAAAGUGGUGAAAAACCUUCAAAAACUGAAUGA